ACAGAUAAUAGAAAAGCCCAUCUCUAUCCUUCUAUAUUCUCCAGAUGGCAACACUCAAAACCCUUUUCCCCGCAUUUCAAAACCCUAACUCCUUUCUCCUCCAAAACCCUAGAAAUGCUUCUCCAUAUCUCCAUUUCAUCUCCUUCUCGAUGUGUUCUUCCUCUCGCCUCCUCUUCCUAUUCCCAAAUUCUCUCUCUAGGGUUCCGCCGCCCUCCUCCUCUCGUUUCCCGACCUUAUCGGGCCCCGAAGUUCUCGAUCGUCUGCUCGAUUUCCCAGGUCCAUAACUACGGGACCGUCGAUUACGAGCGGCGGCCCGUCCUGAAAUGGAGCGCGCUCUACCGCAGGAUCUCGUUGAUGGAGGAUCCCAGCCUCGGAUCUUCGGGCGUUUUGGAUCAGUGGGAGGAGGAAGGGAGGAAGCUCUCGAAAUGGGACCUUUGCCGCGUUGUCAAGGAAUUGAGGAAGUUCCGGCGAUUCAAGCUUGCUCUAGAGGUGUACGAGUGGAUGAUUGACCACGGGGAUAGAUUUAAAUUGAAUUCCAGUGAUGCAGCAAUCCAGUUGGAUCUGAUAUCUAAGGUUCAUGGCAUCUCAAGUGCUGAAGACUACUUUUCAGGCCUUCCAGAGGCCUUAAAGGACAAGCGUACAUAUGGUUCUCUUCUAAACGCCUAUGUUCAAGCAAAAAUGAAAGAGAAGGCAGAGGCUGUUAUAGAGGAAAUGUGGAAAGGUGGCUACAUGACAGAAGUACUUCCUUACAAUGUUAUGAUGACCCUCUAUAUGAACACCAAAGAACAAGAAAAGGUGCUUUCCAUGAUCGCUGAGAUGAAGGAGAAUGGCAUACCGUUGGACAUAUAUUCUUACAAUAUCUGGAUUACAAGUUAUGGGGCAAUGGGCGAUGUUGAAAAGAUGGAAGAAGUGGUCCAGCAAAUGACAGAGGACAGCCGUAUCACUGCCAACUGGACUACGUAUAGUACACUGGCUAGCAUGUACAUCAAGCACGGCCAUUUUGAGAAGGCUGAGAAAUGCCUGAGAGAUGUUGAACUUAGAAUCACAGGUCGGGAUCGGACUCCUUUCAACUAUCUUCUUAGCCUGUACAGCAACAUUGGUGAGAAGGAUGAGGUUUAUCGAAUAUGGAACUACUACAAAUCAAGUUUCCCGAGCAUUCCCAACAUGGGCUAUCAUUCCAUGAUUUCUUCUUUGGCCAGGCUAGGCGACAUCGAAGGAGCGGAAGCGGUUUAUGAAGAAUGGUUGUCUGUUAGGUCAAGCUAUGAUCCUAGAAUAUGCAAUAUUCUCAUGGGCUGGUACAUUAAAGAGGGGUUGUUGAAGAAGGCUGAGGAUUUCUUUGAUCACAUGCGGGAGACUGGAGUCAGGCCGAACCCGAACACUUGGGAGAUCCUAGCAGAAGGGUAUGUCAGGGAGAAGCAAAUCUCCAAGGCGCUGUCUUGUAUGAAGGAAGCCGCAUCAAUCAAGAGGUUUCAGGUCUGGCAACCAAGACCCGCAAACGUGGCCGCACUGCUGGUUCUCUGCGAGGAGCAAGCUGACACGGUGAGCAUGGAUAUGAUGGUGGACGUCCUGAGAAAGGCGGGGUGUCUUGACAUAGAGGCAUACAGGUCACUGGUCGGCACGGACGUCAGACCUGCUAUGGCAGUUGAUGGCUUGAACUUGGGUUUGGAAGGAAAUGAGUCUGAUGGGGACGGCGAAAAUGAAAUGCUUCUCAAGCAACACCAUGCAAGCCUGUGAAAUUCUUUGGCAGUGUCUAAACAUGACACGUGGAACCGUCAAAAGUGGGCCCCAGAUACCCAUCUUUUGCCAGGGUUUUGUUGGUCUCUGUUGUUGGUUUUGGGACCAGAUGCCCAUGUGGAUCAUUGAAGUAGCCACUUCAGUGAAAGGAUAGCCUACUGUGAGAGUAGCCAUCUUUGAGGUUCCAAAUAACUUAGAUCCAACAACUGCUAGGAAUACGGCUUGUGGGAUUUCUGUGGGUGGGAUCCCCCUGCCCAUGUGCGUGGUGAUAAGUGAGGUCUACCGCCAAAA